GAAGUGCAUGAAUGCGCAUGUGUGCUCAUCUGCUUGGAGAACAGAAGAUGGGCAGUCAAAAUACAUUAGGAAUAUUUGCAGUUUUUGUCUUGUUACUUUAUCUGUCAACCGCCCAAAGUAACGAUGUGGAGGGAAGAGCCCGUCAGUUCUUCAGCAGUGGCCACACUAAUAAUUGGGCAGUGCUGGUGUGCACGUCCAGGUUCUGGUUUAACUACAGACAUGUCGCCAACACUCUUUCCGUCUACAGAAGUGUGAAAAGGCUUGGAAUCCCAGACAGUCACAUUGUUCUGAUGCUGGCGGAUGACAUGGCCUGUAACCAUAGAAACCCCAAACCAGCGACUGUGUUCAGCCACAAAAACAUGGAAUUGAAUGUGUAUGGUGACGACGUGGAGGUGGAUUAUCGAGGAUAUGAGGUGACUGUAGAAAAUUUCCUGAGAGUUUUGACAGGAAGGCUGCCCCCAAGCACUCCUCGGUCGAAGCGUCUGCUGUCAGAUGACCACAGCAACAUCCUGAUAUAUUUGACUGGUCAUGGGGGAAAUGGAUUUUUGAAGUUUCAGGACUCUGAGGAGAUCAGUAAUGUGGAACUGGCUGAUGCUUUUGAGCAGAUGUGGCAAAAACGACGGUAUCACGAGCUGCUCUUCAUCAUAGACACCUGCCAGGGGGCCUCCAUGUAUGAGCGGUUUUACUCCCCCAAUAUCAUGGCCCUGGCCAGCAGCCAGGUCGGAGAGGACUCUCUCUCGCACCAGCCUGACCUGGCUAUUGGAGUUCACCUGAUGGACAGGUACACCUUUUACCUGCUGGAGUUCCUGGAGGACAUACACCCAUCCAGUCAGUCCAACAUGAAUGACCUGUUCAAAGUGUGUCCCAAGAGCCAGUGUGUGUCCACUCCAGGUCAUCGCACUGACCUGUUCCAAAGGGACCCGGGCAGCGUGCUUAUCACUGACUUUUUCGGCAGUGUCCGCAAGGUGGAGAUCACUACAGCAACUAUUAAUUUGACAGCUCCUGCAGCCCCUGUUCCGGAGGAGAAGGAAGCAAGGCUCUACACAGACGAGCGUCCCAGCCAGACCUUCUCCUAUGUGGACCAGCUUCCUGUGGCUGAGAUCAUUCACCAGAAACCCAAGCAGAAGGACUGGCACCCGCCCGACGGCUUCAUCCUGGGCCUCUGGACCCUCAUCCUGCUCGUCUUCUUCAAGACCUACGGCGUCAAACACCUCAAGCACAUCUUCUGAGAGAGAGAGAGAGAGAGAGAGAAAGAGAGAGAGAGAGAGGAAGAGAAAGAGAGGAGAAGAUACUGAGUGGAGAACAAGUUCAUGGGCUGGAGAAGUGGAGAAGCACUUCUCUUCACCCUGGCUGCUGCCGUGUGAGGUGGCGAGCACAAAGAGAGUCCGGUCUCUCAUGGAAAUACUUGAAUACCCUUCGGGAACUGUUCAACUUUGUUUUUACUCUUUCGACUACAUCUCUCCUGCCUGUUGUUCUGAGUCCCACUAAACUGUAGUUAUCUUAAUACCUGUGUGUCAGCUGAUAAAUUGACUUUGCCCCUCUGAAACGGUGUUCUUUCAUGCCUUAGUGAACCGCAGGGAGCGUAGCCUUUUGCUGCGGGAUUUUUAAAUGCCGUUCGAGCGCCGAGGAAAUGAAUCACUGGCCCGCGGUGUUGCUGCAUAUUUACUCAAUUAAUAAUUCAGUAAUGGGAGCUCUGUCUUGCAAAUCAGCGCCUGGCAUCAAAGAACACUCUUUUGUGUGUACUGUACGCUUUUCUCUCCCUUUUUCAGAACCUGCGACCGUAUACGGUAAUGUGGUUGCUGACCCUUUUUUUAAUGUUAUUCUUGCCAUAUAGAAAUGUCAUAGCUCCUGGGGAAGACACUGGAAUGGGGUUGAGUCCUGCUAUGUAAUACUGCUGCAGCCUACAGAGACUUUUGCACUGUAUGUCUAAAAAAAAAAUCUACUUCUGUUCAACGUUGAAAAUAUGUAUUAUUUAUGCAGUUCAGACAGCCUGUAACGGCUUGGGGAAUGUAAAUGUUCCUACACCAGAUGGGAGGCAUUUGAGCUCUGGAUGGACUACCAAAACUUUGAACACAACAUCUAAAAUUAAGGAAUGAAACUGAUAUGCUUGAGACUUUUUGUUUGUCCCCCAGCACUGUUUUUUGUUUAUCUCUGAAGGGCUGCAAUAUCUCCGGGGGGUGUGAAAGAGUGGUUUCUAGUGCUGUGUCAGCUUCUCGGCCGUUGGGAACGGUUUCAGAACAAUGUGUGAAUCUUGUGUUGCAUGUUUUUCUUUUUUUUUUUUUUUUUCUCGUCCAUGCUCUUGCUGAAGGUGAUGUUUUAUUAUUUCUCUGUUGAGUGACAUUCUCAAGUGUCACUUCAAAUAAAAAAUGAAAGAAAAUUCA